AUGGGAUUUCUUACCAUAACUUCUCAAACUCUCAGUUGGGAAGAAGCUAAAAAAAUACAAGAAACUAUUAAAUCGUAUGGAGUGCUGCAAGCUAUUAAGCUGUACUCUACUUUUAAGGAUCUUCAGAAAGAUCUAGAGGAGCUUUCGUGGGGUGAAGAGGCCGAGUAUCAUAUAUGUAAGAACCUAUGCAAGGAAGAGAAGACCAUGGUAGUUUCUGGUGGCUAUAAAAUAAUCCAAGAAAUAGUCAAUCAACUUGAUCAAGAUGAUUUUGAAUAUCAUGAUGAGUUUGGCUCUUACAUGGUAGAAGCGAUCCCAAAGGAACCAUAUUCCUUAUAUGAUUGACACAGUCCAGCCCAGGCAUAUGAAUCUCUUUAUAACAGGAGAAAAUUGAUAAAUGAUGAGCUUUCCAAGGAGGAAAUGUUCUUAUCAUCUGUCUCUAGCUGGCCACGCCUUGGAGUUGAUGAUUUCUUUUGUAAAAUUAAAGAUGGCUUAUCUGAUGUUAAUGACUAUCCAAAUACUUUAGACACUGAAAAAUUUAGUAUUCACAAUAGCGAACUUACAAGCGAUCAUCCAAGAUUUCCAGCCAUGAUUGAUUCAAUUAGGCUUCGAAGGGGAGGAAAGUAUGGCUUGAAUGUGCCUUUGUUUCAAGAAGAUGGCACUGCUUGAGAAGAGGUUGAAGAGACCAAAACCCCAAAAGAAAUUCAUCUUGAUUCGCUUCAUUAUGGACUUGGAGCAAUAUGUUUGCAAGUUACUUUCGAAGCCCAAAAUAUCAACCAUGCUAGAUAUCUCCACGACUCUUUCAUCUCACUUGGACCAAUCAUCGGAGCUUUAGGAGCUAACGCACCAAUAUAUAAAGGGCAGCUCUCAGGUUGGGAUUUCAGGUGGAAUGUGAUUGCUGGACUCGCAGAUUCAAGGAAUUCUGAAGAGCUUAAUCCAGAUUCUGAAAAAUUCGUUCCUUGCUCCAGGUUUUGAUCAAAUAAUCAUUAUAUUUCAGAGCACCCCAAUUUUUCUGGAAAAAGAAUAAAUAAUGGAGAAAAGAUCGAAAUCAACCAAGAUUGGUAUGAAAGCUUCAAAGAUUCAGGAAUGAGUGAUAGAUUAGCUUACCACUUUGCAUCUUUGUUCUCUCAUGAUGCUUUGAUAAUUUACGAAGAUAGGAUCAAAUAUGAUUCAAGUAGCACUGAGCACUUUGAGAAUCUAAAUAGCACAAAUUGGAACUCAGUGAGGCUCAAGCCUCCUCCAUCUUAUGACUCUCAAAUCGGGUGGAGAGUUGAGUUCAGACCUCUAGACAUUCAGAUUACUGAUUUUGAGAAUGGAGCAUAUGUUGCCUUGUUGAAUCUGCUUACCAGAGUGAUCAAUGACUUCGAUAUUGAUUUCUCCCUUCCAAUAUCUCUUUCCAAUAUCAACAUGGAGAGAGCUCACCAAGUUGAUGCUGUGACUAAACAGAAGUUCUGGUGGAGGACAAAUAUCGUGAAGGAGGACUCUGAUUAUACAACCAACCCUGCCAAAGAAUCAGGGUGGGCCUUCUUCAGUGAGCCUGGUUUUGACAACUUUGAUUCUUCUUGAUUUAAAGAGAUGACGAUUUCUGAGAUACUUGAGGGAAGCGAAGGCUUAUCUUACAAGGGAAUUUUUCCUUUAAUCGAAGAAUAUAUAUCCCUAAAUAAAUUCCAUUCAAAAGAUAUGACUUACUGUCAGAAAAUGCUAUCAUUUUUAAGCCAAAGAGGAUCGGGUAAAAUCACAACGGGAGCUAGAUUCCAGAGGGACUUUGUUUUAAACCAUCCAAAUUAUAACCAAGACUCACUGGUAACAGAUAAAAUCCAAUACGAUUUGAUCAAAGAAACAUCAUUGCUCGCAUCAAACCAGAAAUGGGACGAAAAUCUCCUUGGUCUAUUCUAA